UCCUCACUGCCAUUUGCAUUUGGCACUCGCAUUGGCAUUCACAAGUUGACCGCCACAAAUCUAUGUUAUCCGUAAAUCUCUACUAUUUCGUAAGUGGUCUAAGCUAGUCGCCGGCUCGGUACUAGCUAGCUAGGCCGAGAUCAGAUCAAGGAGGGGAAAAGAUCUUGGCUGGUAGCGAUGGGGUCGAUCUUCAACGAGACGGCUCAUGCAGGGAAUAAUACCUCAUCGACCUUCAACAACUGCAGCAGCACUAGCAGUACUAAGACAUCGACGAAGGCAACGUCGAACGGGGCGUGGCAAGGUGACAAUCCUCUCGACUACGCGCUGCCUCUCUUAAUCCUUCAGAUCUGCAUCGUGGUGGUUCUCACCAGAUCCCUCGCCUACCUCCUCAAGCCCCUUCGCCAGCCUCGCGUCAUUGCUGAGAUCAUAGGAGGGAUUUUGCUAGGACCAUCUGCACUGGGGCGCAGCAAGAAGUUCCUUGACACAGUUUUCCCUACGAGCAGUCUCACUGUGCUCGACACCAUAGCCAAUAUUGGCCUUCUCUUCUUCCUUUUCCUCGUCGGCCUCGAGCUUGACCUCCGUGCUAUUCGCCGCACUGGCAAGCGUGCUCUCGCCAUUGCACUCGCAGGCAUCUCCGUCCCCUUCGUUCUCGGAAUCGGCACCUCUGUCGUCCUCCGCUCCACCGUCAACAAAGGCGUCCGUCAGGGUCCCUUCUUGGUCUUCAUGGGGGUCGCCCUCUCCAUCACUGCCUUCCCAGUUCCGUGGCUACGUAUCAUUAGCCGAGCUCAAGUCCUCACCACCGACCUUGGCCGCAUCGCUAUGUCUGCUGCUGCCGUCAAUGAUGUGGCUGCUUGGAUAUUUCUCGCCCUCGCCGUCGCCCUCUCAGCGAAGCGCUCGCUCUUAGUCUCCCUAUGGGUGCUCCUCACCGGGGCUGCAUUCGUGGCCGGUGUGGCCAUCUUCCUGCGUCCAAUCCUGGCUAUGCGAUUGGCACGUCGAUCUCCAGAGGGAGAGCACGUCAAAGAGGUCUAUAUUUGCGCCACUCUGACGACCGUGCUCGCAGCAGGAUUCAUUACCGACACAAUAGGCAUCCACGCGUUGUUCGGAGCGUUCGUGGUCGGAAUUGUUGUGCCCAAAGAUGGUCCGUUUGCAGGGGUACUGAUCGAGAAGGUGGAGGACUUAAUAGCUGGUCUUUUGUUGCCUCUCUACUUUGUGUCAAGUGGGCUCAAGACCAAUGUGGCCACCAUCAGUGGUGCUAAAUCCUGGGGGCUGCUUGUUCUCGUAAUUGCUAAUGCUUGCCUAGGCAAGAUUGCUGGAACUGUGAUCGUGGCGCUUAUGGUGAAGGUACCAAUGAGAGAGUCCCUCGCUCUUGGAUUCCUAAUGAACACCAAAGGUCUGGUUGAGCUCAUCGUCCUCAACAUUGGGAAGGACCGCAAGGUGCUGAAUGAUGAGACUUUCGCCAUUCUGGUGCUGAUGGCUCUCGUCACAACCUUCAUUACUACCCCAGCCGUGAUGGGCAUCUACAAGCCUGCACGACGGAGCGCAUCUUACAAGCACCGCACCAUUGAACGUUCUGACACCGAGAGCGAGCUUCGUAUCCUUGCCUGCUUCCACAGCAACCGCAGCAUCCCAACCCUUAUUAAUCUGGCCGAAUCAUCUCGUGGCACUCGGCGGCAUGGCAUCAUUGUCUACGCCAUGCACCUCAUGGAGUUCUCUGAGCGUUCCUCUGCUGUCUCCAUGGUCCUCAAGGCCCGCCAACGCAACGGCCUUCCCUUCUGGAACAAGAAGAGCCGCGACGGCGACCAGAUGACGGUUGCCUUCCAAGCCUACCAGCAGCUCAGCAGUGUCUCUGUUCGCCCAGCCACUGCCAUAUCUGACCUUAACACCAUUCACGAGGACAUCUUAGCAAGCGCGCAGGAAAAGCGUGUGGCGCUCAUCCUUGUUCCAUUCCACAAGCUCCAACAGGUGGAUGGAAGCCUCGAGUCCUUGGGAAGCACUUAUCAACACGUCAACCAGCGGGUGCUCCGCCACGCUCCUUGCUCUGUUGCCAUCCUUGUUGACCGAGGCUUUGGAGGCAUUGCGCAGGCUGCUCCUGGUGACGUUAGCUACACAGUUAUCGUCCUCUUUUUUGGAGGACCUGACGACAGGGAGGCCCUCGCCUACGGGCUUCGCAUGGCAGAACACCCAGGAAUUGCACUCACCGUCCUGCGCUUCCUCCCCGCUGUUGAAGGGAAAGGGAAAUCCCCUGAAUUUGAAGCCGGCAGUAGCAGCAGCGUAGUCCCGGACGAGAAUGCCACAGAUGAAGCUUCCAUCUCCAAGUUGCAAGCUGCAAAGAAAGAUUCUAUAAAGUUUGAGGAAAAAGUAUAUGAAGGGAGGGCGCAGUUAGUUUCAACAAUCAAGGGUGUGAGCAAAUCAUGCAAUAUCUUCCUCGUGGGUCGCAGGACUCCGAUAUUGCCAUUAGUCGACAGGACUGACUGUGAGGAGCUAGGACCAGUGGGUAGCUACCUGGCCUCGUCUGAAUUCUCAACAACAGCAUCGGUGUUAGUGAUACAGAGGUAUGAUCCGAAGGGAGACCCGUCCAAAUUCGCAGAGGAGGUGUCAGAGAUCCAUGAUGUGCCUGACACGCCUUUGUCGUCGAUCGUACCAGAGUCAGAUAAAUCCAUCCCUUGAAACAAACAUUCAUUUCUUGGAGAGUUGCUCUCAAUAAGUUAAGCUCAUGCCUUGUCUUCAGUGCUCACCUUGAUUUGUUCCACAAGGGAGCCUAGCCUUUUAUUUUUAAUUUUUUUUUUCUUUCUCGUACGUGUUCAUACAUGUAUGUAUGCAGUGUAUAUAUUUGCUUUCAUUAACAAGGAGGGGCCGCCCGCAAAGGAGGUAAAUAUAGUAAUAAUGUAAGGUGAUGAUGAUGACGACGAAGAUGAAAUUAAUUGUCUUUUAUGUUCGAGGCACCAUAUGCAUGUAAACAAAUAAUGUUAAAGCUCGAAGACAAUGCAAAAGAAGAGAAGAAGAAAACUUGGAAUAUUCUUAGUCUCGGGGUACCACCUUGAUGUUGGACGGAAUACUCAUACUCCUGUUGUAAUUCAUCAAUUGUUAAUGAUUUUUGUUUUUCUUUUUCUGUGAAAAAACCGAGCGGCAAAAAAUUCGCAUGUUUCAAACAUAAGACAUAUAGAUAUAAACAUACAAGAGAACCAAUAUGUGCGUAACUCUUCAAAACAACAUAGUGAAGCCUAAUCCUAUAAGCUAAAUCCCUCUAGAAAAUGUAGAAACUCCUCUUUCUGUACACAAACAUAUUUUGAUUCUUUAAGCUAAAACACGCUCAAUGUUUUACCUAAAAGAAUUAUGGCAUAAAUAUUUCCUAAUCUUUUGAUCAUCCUACAUGUAAAUUAACAAACUGUUUUAACUCAAAAAAGAAAUAAAAAAAUAAAAAAUAAAAAAUAAAAAAUAAAAAAAUCAAUAACCUUUAUUAUUUAGAUUCAAUUGUAAGAUGCGUGAUGAUACCAUUGUAGAAUUAGGGACAUGGCCACCAAGUUCAGAAAAUAUGAAGUAGGAAACAAUUUGGGUGUUGUUCGGUCGACCGCAAGGCAAGUCCGGUCGACCGAAAACGUGCACGCUACAUGCUUUUGUUUCAGGCACUUUGGCGGUCGACCGAGGUAAAAUGCCGGUCGACCGACUUUGCUGUCCGGUCGACCGACGGGUAAUUCCGGUCGACCGAUACAUGGUUUGAUAACAUGGUGAGUUUCUGUUGUUCUGGUCGGUCGACCGGAACCACAUUUGCGGUCGACCGGAUCGGGUUUUCGGGCCUGAUUUGGGUUUCCUGAUCUGUUUGGGAUUGGUGUUUGGUAUAAAUACCAACACACGUUUUAGGGUUUAUGGAGAGCAGUAUUGGGGAUAUUUGGAGCAC